GAGUCGUUGAGGUGUAAGGUUUGUGAAAAUCGACUUGAAGAUUUUAAUCACACAACUUUUGGAAUAUUUCGAAAAAAAAUAAGAGUAGAGAACAUAAACGAGAAAAGCAAUUAACUAAAUUAAAUACAUAUUUGGUACAUCCAAGUACUGUGACGAUAACUCAAAAGAUGUAUUCAAUAUUCCCAUCGAGCUUAUCGCAACCAGUGCAUUCGCCUCAGACCAAAGCCGCGCAACUGGCCUUUCAGCUCUUAGAUAACGCUACAAUGAAUGCACAAUUUAAUCGCCGAUUCGAACAAUUACUACGCUCUGAGAAAUACUACGACUGCGUAUUUCACAUUGGCGGUGCACAACUAAAAUGUCACAAAUUAAUAUUAUCCACAGCCAGUCCAGUUUUCGAGGCCAUGUUCUAUGGUCCAAUACGCGAGCAACAAAAAGAAAUUGAGAUUUUGGACAUUGGCGCCGAAACUUUUCAAAUGCUUCUAAAUUUUAUUUACGCCGGUGUCAUGCCGGUGUCCCUUUCGCUAGAAGAGGCUAUUGAGCUAUACUAUUGCGCUGAGAAAUAUUUAAUCACUGACCUGACGAACACUUGCUUAUUGACGAUAGCGCGCAAAUUACGUUACACAAAUAUUCUACCUGCGCUGGAGCUUUGCGUCUGCAUGGAUCUGCGUGAUCUGCUGGAGGUAUGCAUGUCUUUCUUUAACCGCUGCUGUCUCAACAAUCCACAAUUUAUGACAUCGCAUAAGAGUCACUAUGUGCAUGUAUCCAAGGAAUGCGUCAAGGCAAUAAUUGCAGCUAAUAAUUGCGCGAAGACUAGAAAGCAAGUGUUGUGGUUCGUUUACGAGUGGUGCCAGCAGGAAUGCCAUGAAUUAGGAUUGCAGCAAGAAGAUUGUGCAGUAAUCAUCAAUGAUCUGCAAUUGCCUGCCUACAGUGAUGAGGAAUGCGAAGUAUUGAAGCUAAAAACGCCACAGCGACAAACCUGUAAUUCUAUCGAACGUAGCUAUUUUAAGGCAUGCCGGCCCUUCACUGUCGACCAGGAUACACAUGAAUGGACCGUGUUUGUCAAAUGCAAUCGUUUUAUUGCAUUGCAUGGUCUCAUCAUUUACAGUCGCCUAUCACCACUGGCACAUUACGCGUUCAAGCUACCCAGCGAGUACAGUGAAAAUUUGCAUAUUGAAAUUUUAGCAUCCGCUAAUGAAAGAAGUGAUGAAGUGAGUGAUCAAGAGGAUUCAGAAGAGAACGAAACUAAUUCAAUUGAAAAACCGCAACUCAAAAACGCAUCGGAAAAACUUAUGACCUAUGAAAAGGACUACAAUGGACCAUUCAUAGUCUACAUCGACACCAUUGAAAGAAAACCAAUCAGUAAUAUAACUGUAGCAUUACUAUGUACAAAGCUAGGAUUUGACGACAUUGAGGCUUCAAAGCAAAAGGCUAUGAACCAAAAAUAUUUAACCAUCUCACAUCAAAAGCAGGUAUCAUUUAUGAUAUUCCAAUAG